AUUUAUGGAUGAUGUUUUCCUUUUCACGGGUAUUAUUACACUUUGUCUAGUUCCGCAAAGAACAAUUGAAAAGGAUAGAUACAAUAGUAACCAUAGUUAUGAUAUUAACCAUGGUUACUAUAGUUUAUAUGAUAGAAACCAUGAUUACCAUAGUUUAUAUGAUAGAAACCAUGAUUACCAUAGUUUAUAUGGUAGAAACCAUAGUUAUGAUAGUCAUAAAGAAUCAAGAUUUUGGAAAAUUGCGAAAUUGGUAAUAUCCAGGAUGGUAUCGAUAAUGGUAACAAGAAAGAUUGUGUCUAAGACAGGUCUGGCAGCAAUUCCCAUUGGUGGUGUUUUAAUGGCGAUUAGUAAACAUGUUUCCGGACUUGUGGGAGAAAUAUUAUACACUGUAGGUUGUGAUACAUUAACAAGAGGCAUCUUAAGAGACUUAAGUUAUUUCGGCAUUGAAUUUAUUGAUAAUGAAGCAAAUGAAAUCACUCGUAGUAAUAGGGAAUGACUACAAAGCUUUUAAUUGUAUCUUUCGUGCAAAAUUUAUAUGAAGAUUAUUGAAAGUAUUUGAUUUUAAAAAAUGAGGAAAAGAUGAUAAUAUGAGGUUCCUUUUAUAGGAUGUCUUCCUAUUCUAGUUUCUAUUUUGGUCUUUGGAAAUAUCAAUGUCAUCAUUUGGCUUUUUUUUGGCUAUUUAAAAAGACUAUUAUUUUAGUAGAGUAAUCAUUACUUUUAAAAAAAAAAACG